UUCUUUCCAAUUCUCUCCAUUACUUUACUCCUCUGUAUCCUCUGCUUAUUAUAACUAUUCACUAUAUUACUGCAUGUGUCCUCUUGUUAUAGGCCAUCAACCAGUGAAGAGAAGGGGUCACUCAACAGUACAGGUAGGAGACUACCUGUACAUGUGGGGUGGGGACCAGCCUGGUCUACCUCACAUACACAAUGAUGAGAAGAAGAAAUCAAUGUGUUCUGUAGUGGAGGUCUGUCAUGUACCAAAUGGUGAGUGGGUACAAAAGCCUACCACUGGUGACCCUCCACUUGGUGUCCGUGGCUAUGCUGUUGCUGUCAUUAGAAAUGAAGUCUUCUUUUUUGGAGGCUGGUGUUGUCAUGGUGACUGUAAUCAUAAUAGUUUAUACAGUUUUAAUGUUGAAACUUUCAAUUGGAAGGAACUCUCUCCUACUACAUCUCAUCAUGGUCCUAUGAUGAAGGAGGGCUCCAGCAUGAUAGCAGUAAAAGUGAAUGGUGAGGAUUAUCUUGCAGUAAUUGGAGGGUGGAGAUCAUCUUCUAAUAAUACCCCACCACAACCUGGUGCCCAGUACAGUGAAGCUACAUUUGGUGCCAAUCAACAUUGCAAUGAAGUACAUGUGUACAGAUUAAAAACUGGUGAAUGGACCUCACCAACUGUCACUGGAGACAGACCACCUCCUAUUGAUGACUUCACUUUAACAUCAAUAACUAAUACCACCGCUAUAUUGUUUGGUGGUGCUAUUGAUAAUUUAAGAUACAGUAAUGAUGUAUAUAUAUUUGAAUUUACUGAUACAUCAGUGAAAUGUACAAAGUUUCCUAAUCCUGGAGGAUCAGCACAAUGGCCUAAGAAGAGAGAGUAUCAUUCCAGUGUAUUGAUCAACUGUAGCUCAGGACCACACCUACUAGUGGUGGGUGGAAAGGGAUGGGGUGCCAGUGACUGUUGGUUGUUAAAUGUAAACAAAAUGGAAUGGAAAGAACUGACUAAUAUACCAGACAGUGUCACUCAUAGAUAUGAUCAUUCUCUCUCAGUUUGGAAUGAGACACAGACCACUCACUGGAUAAUUGAGUUUGGAGGUGGUUCAAAAUACAGUGAUACAAGAUUUAUUGAAAUCAUAUCUAGUACUGGUGAUUUGGUAGUACAGUCAGUACUGGACAUUAAUGAAUAUAAUCAGAGAAGAGUACUGGAGGGACUUGCAAAAGAAUUUAUAAAAGAUCAUCCUGUUUCAAUCGAAGACAUUUUGGGCAAGGAGCCUAAAUUAAAGGACCUCCAUAGGCUCUUUGAUAGUUCUGCUGCUCAUUAUUCAACUAUUGGUACUGCACUUGAAGUUGCAGUGGACGACUUGUCUCAUAGUGAAAAGUCAGCCUCCGAUAAGCUACUGUCAGUAUUCAAGAGAUGGAUUGAGUCCAAUAAAGGAGUGACCUGGAGGAAUGCUCUUCAAGUUUGUAAAGAUUAUCCUGAUAAAUUUGGAAGAGUGAAGGCUAGUUUGGACAAAUUUCUUCAAUCAGAUAGAGCUCAUAAAGAGUAUUAAAUCAAUAUUCAUUGCCUUUUCUGAUUGUAAUGCCUCGUAUUAUUACUAUUAUUAUUGUUGUUGUUGUUGUUGUUAUUGCAUAGUUUUAAUAAUCACACAAAAGUAUUUUUGUGU